AUGCAUAUUACAUUAAAAGUUUUUUGUUGCUUCAUGAUCUUGAAAUAUAUUGGAUACACUACCAGUUUUUUUGUAAGUAAGACACAUGUUUUUCAUCUUACUGUGAUUAAGCAAGACAACAGACAAGAAUACACUCAAAAGAUAUAUACCAAGUACAAGUGUGCUCCUGUGAAAAAGAAAAAAAUCUUUUUAAGGGGGAAGGAUUCGGAAGAAAUUGACCAAACGGACGAAACGGAAGCGACGGGUGACGGUGACUUGGGAACUCAUAUCUCGCAAAUAGACAACACUGGGUUGAAGGAAGUUAAAUUGGGGAAAAUGAAAAAAAAAAAAAAAAAAAAAAAAAAAAAAAUUAAUUUGCUUAAAUGUAAAACAUGCAACAAGACAUUAAAACCGAGAGUAAAGUUUUGUAUUUACUGUGGCACGAAUGUAUCAGUGGAGAAAAUUAAAUUAAAAAAAUAUAUAGAGGACAUUUACUUGCCGCUCAGAAAGGAGGAAGUAAGUGAUAAUACGUACAGGGUAGAGAAGGGCUUCUGGAAUGACAUUUUAUCGAAACUAGGAAAACAUGAGCUGCAUGAAUUAGGACCAAACAACUGGGAAAGUUUUUUAAAAUACUUAAAAUCAAAAAAUUGUUCACCUAGGACGAUGGCCUUAUACCAAUCCACGUAUCAACAAUCACUGAAAUAUGCAUUAUAUCGGGACUAUCUAAAAAGCGUACACAAUUUUCGUAAAAUUAAGAAGAGCACGAUUCCAAGAAGAAAGAUUAUUCCUUUGUCCCCAAAAGAAAUAGAAUUGCUGCUAAACAAUAGUAGUGAGAUGCACAGGGCAAUAUUUGCCUUAAGUAUAGGUAUAGGAUUACGUCCAUCUGAAGUCUUACGAAUUUUUUGGGAAGAUAUAAAUUUUGAAAAAAAGGAAAUUUUCAUUAAAGGACAAAAAACAAAAUAUAGUAACACGGCAAUUCCUAUGACAAAUUUUGCCUACAAUGAAUUGAUGAAAUGGUGGGAGAUAGAGAAUAGGCCACUAAAGGGACUAUGUUUUUACUCUGAGAUUAUAAAAAAUAAAUUUAAUUACACAAACAAGAAGACUCAAUUAAAAACGUUUAAAACAGCACUAAAGGGGGCAGCCAAACGAGCUGGACUGGAAAUUAGUGAAGACGGAAAAAAAAGAAGAAUAUUCCCCUACCUUCUAAGGCACUCAUUUGCAACUAUAGCUGCAACGUCAAAUCCCCCUGUCCCUUUGCCUGUAGCACAAGCAAUUAUGCGUCACUCCUCGUCAAAAAUGUUAUUAGACACAUAUACAAAAGCGGGAAAUAACAUAAUCAGGGAUGGCUUGGAUAACUUCAAAAUAUAG